AUGGAUCGAGUUAUAUUAAACAUUAUAGGGAUGGUGAUAUCCUUGUACUCUUUAAGAGUUGAAAUUAAAAAGGAAAAGGAUCCGACCUAUGUUGCUGCUUGUGAUUUUAAUGAUCACAUGAGUUGCUCUAAAGUCCUGACAUCCAAAUAUGCAAAAGGAUUUGGUAUAAUGGGAGUAUUGUUUGGUAAAGAACAUUUUAUGAACCAGAGGAACUGUAACCUAGGAUUGGUAUUCUAUUUAUUACAACUAGCUCUGGUUUUUCAACCAUAUCCUGUGUUAGCAUCUAAAGUAUUAUUUUACAGUUCAAUCGUAUGUAUUAUUGGUUGUGUGUAUCUGGCGAUUGUGUUAUUUUGCAUUUUAAAAGACGUUUGUGUGGUUUGUAUAGCGACGUAUUUUGUGAAUGGGGCAUUAUUAUAUUUGAAUUAUUCACUGUAUAAGAAUGUUAAUAGUGUAUUCUAA